AUGUCACCCCUCACCUACAAGCCCAAAUCAGCGGUCGUGUGUGACCUAGCAGAUUUCAUCUGUCGGUCCAACUCGCGGGUUGCCGAGUUUACCGCAGCUGUAGAAAGUGCACGCAAGCCGGAAAAUGGCGGUCAAAAUGAGAUGGACCAGGAAAGGAUCUACACACUGGAAGACUACAUCAAGUUCUUGGAUAGCUUUAUUCGCUGGGCUCCCAAAGUCUCGUGUAACCGCGACGAGACUGCAAUCGCUCCAGAGACGGCCGAUACUGAUCUCAAGUGGCUGUCUUACUGGCUGGUCACGUUCCCCCGUGAGCAGGGCAAGUGGUUGGAUACUGAGGAGUCGGAGGGCUCUUGGAAGGACAUUAACAUGGCUCGCCCGGUGGGUCAUCCAAAUGACGAUAAUGUAAUUGUGCAUGCUGCUGACUCGAUGUUCGAUGGCCACUGGGACAUCAACAACGGCACAAUCCACCUGAAAAGCAGUGUCAAUAUGAAAGGGGUGGAUUGGCCAGUGGCAACUCUCCUCCACGACUCAGGAAUCGAUUACAAGAAUGGAAGUUUUAUGCAUGCCUUUCUCGCGCCUGCAGAUUACUAUCGCCAACACGCGCCAGUCAGUGGAGAGGUGAUCGAGGCGAGGAACAUCCGGGAUCAGGUCUAUCUUCAGGUAGGGAAGAAAGCAGAUGGUAGCAUAGGACGGUCACGAGGUCUCGUCCGUGACUCGGACGAUCUAGAGCACUGUCGCGAGCAGAGCCAGGGUCAGUGCUUUGGCAUUGAAGCCCCAGAUGAGGCCGGAUACCAGUGGUGUCAAACUCGCGGCGUCAUUGCCAUCCAGACCCCGGACUAUGGCAAAGUCGCGGUACUCCAAAUUGGAAUGGAGCAGGUCUUGUCAGUAAAGUUGACGGUCAAUGUUGGUGAUCAGGUGAGGAAAGGUGACAAUAUCGCCUAUUUCCAAUUUGGAGGCUCUGAUGUGUGCAUUAUGUUCGAAAAACGUGUCAAGUGGCGCGCUGAUCUUGAGCCGGGCAAAACCAAGCUGAAGGUACGAGAGAAGCUCGCUACCUUUCAUUAA